GAGGGGGUGGCAUGGCGGGCAAGGAUGACACCGGAGUUCGACGAAGAAGUGGUGUUUGAGAAUUCCCCACUGUACCAAUAUCUGCAGGAUUUGGGACACACAGAUUUUGAAGUAUGUUCCUCAGUGUCACAGAAGGCAGAGCAAUGUGCAGCAGCAGAAAGCCAAAGGGAGCAGACUGUGCGUGCUGCCCAGAAGCAAGGUAUCCUGUCAAAACUAGUUGAGUUUUUUAGAAGCUGGUUUCCUUUUCCACAGUAUAAGAAAAAUGAUGACAUACUUCACCGACUGGACGUUGGAUUUCGAUUUGACACGCUCCGUACCAUCCUGCAACAGGAAGUUCUGCUGCAGGAGGAUGUGGAACUGAUUGAAUUCCUUGACCCCAGUAUCCUGUCUGCAGGGCAGUGUAAGCAACAGGAAAACAGACAGCUUCCAACGCUACGCUCCCUAGCAGCUCCUAAUAUUUGGGAUGUCUCGCUGUUCCUUGCCUGUGUGAGCGCGCUGCUCGUGUUUCCUUCGUGGUGGGAGGAAUCCUCGUGGCUGCUGUGCGCGCCCCUGCUGCUCUAUGCAGCCGCCAGGGCGUGGGGCACGUGGAGGACGGCCAAGCUGCAAAUGUCCCUGCGAAAACACUGCAUGCAGCUGGAAGAAACAGUGGCCAAUAGCCGGGCCUUCACCAACCUCGUCAGGAAAGCUCUACGGCUCAUUCAGGAGACUGAAGUGAUUUCCAGAGGAUUUACCCUUUUGCUUGACAGGGUCAGUGCCGCUUGCCCAUUUAAUAAAGCUGGACAGCAUCCUAGCCAGCACCUGAUCGGCCUGCGCAAAGCCGUGUACCGAUCCGUCAGAGCCAACUUCCGAGCUGCAAGACUGGCCACGCUGUACAUGCUGAAAAAUUACCCUCUGAACUCGGAGAGUGACAACGUGACCAGCUACAUCUGUGUGGUCCCCUUUAAGGAGCUGGGCCUGGGGCUGAGUGAAGAGCAGGUCUCUGAAGAGGAGGCACACAAUCUGACUGAUGGCUUCAGCUUGCCUGCACUCAAGGUCCUCUUUCAGCUCUGGGUAGGGCAGAGUUCAGAGUUUUUCAGGAGGCUGGCGCUGCUGCUGUCCCCGGCCAACGCGUGCCCCGCGCCGUCGGCGUGCCCGGAGCGGCUGCCUCACCGCAUCCUGCGCGACGUGGCCCAGGGCCUCCCCGGCACGCACGCCGCCUGCCUGGCCGAGCUGCGCAGGAGCUACGAGUUCUACCGCUACUUCGAAACGCAGCACCAGGCGGGCCUGCAGUGGGCAGCCAGGGGCAAGCAGCAGUGCAGGGAGCUCAACAGCCUGCAGACAGCCGUGCGCAGCCUGCAGCUGCACCUCAAGGCCCUGCUCAAUGAGGUAAUAAUUCUUGAGGAUGAGCUUGAAAAGCUUGUUAGCACUAAGGAGACAUCUGAGUUGACAACAGAAGCCCGUCAGGUUCUGGAACAAAAACUAAAGUUUCUGCAGCCUCAUAUCCAGGCAAGCAACAGCUGCUGGGAAGAAGCCAUUUCUCAGGUAGAAAAAAUGAGUGGAAGAAACCCAAACAAAAAAGGCAAAAUUGAAGUUUCCUGUGACAACCUACAACAUACUACAGUACCUUUAACACAGCCUGCCAUAUACAUAGAAAACAAAGAUCCAAUCCCUGAAGAGCAGGAACUGGAAGCAUAUGUUGAUUAUUCAGACACAGAUAAUGAAUACAAAAGGGAAGACUUUUACUGCUUUUCCCAAGAAGAAAGAGAGAGGCAAGAGCGAGAGAGACAGGAAUCUAAGAGGGUGUUACAAGAAUUGAAAUCUGUACUGGGAUUCAAGGCUUCAGAAAUUGAAAGACAGAAGUGGAAACAGCUACUAUUCAGUGAACAUGCUGCAGUGAAACCCUUGUCUCCUGUAGAACCAUUGAAGCUACUAAAUAAUGUGGAAUCACAUAUGAAUUCAGAUACAGAAAAGCAGGACUGCAGCCAAAGUUGUGAUAAAUCUGAAGAAAAAGACUCUAAUCCAGAAGUGAAUGCUGCUGAUAAAAGCAGGACAGAAUAUUUGUAUGAAGAUCCUGAGAUGGAGAAAAACAAAGACAGUAUUACAGAUAAAGAUGUUUCUACAGAGGCUGGAGGAAGAAUGUAUUAUCAGUGUGAAGGGGAUGCUGAAGAGCUCAAGCCAAGCAGUGUGGAUGGAGUAGAGGCUUCACAGCCUCCCUCUAUGGAUGCAUUACAUUCAAAAAUCAAGGAGAGGCUGGCCCAGCUCCACAUAUCAACAGAUUUUAACUUCACAUCUGGUCUGGCUGCACAAGUUGCUGCCAGGUCUUUCACUUUUACUACAAUGCAGGAAGAGACUUUUGGAGAUGAUGGGGAGGAGGAGGAAGAAGAAAAGACACAGGAGAAUGAAGACCUUGUGGACAACUGUGAAAAUGAAGAGAGAGGCUCUGAAAGUGAAGGAAAAGUAUAAGUCUGAGCUGAACUUUAUUAAACUAACAGCAGGCAGUUUGAUGGAAAAAAACUGAGGUGGGGGGUUGAAGCUGAAAAUACUGGAUGGAAAAAAAAGGAGACCUACAUAUAAUACAUCGUGUUCCCUUAAGACUGAUACACUAAAUAGGACUUCUAAGUAUAUUGAAAAUUUGCAGGUAAGAGAAGUUUGGGAUGCAUCCAAGAAAUAGAUGGCUGUCACUUUGCAAGAUCCUAGUGAUGGGGGUUGGAAUCUACCUUUGUGUUUUCUGUUUUAUUUAUUUAUCGAAUGACAUAUUGCAGUUUUUCAUUUCUAAAUAGAAGGAAAAACAAUGUUUUGAUUUACAACAGACUCCAUUUUUUUCCUUUCUGAUUCUUUUGUCGUGGUAUCAAUGUUUGUUCCAACAAAAACAGCCAGGACAUUUCUUUUGGAAGAACCUGAAAUGUUCUCUGUGAUUGUCCCCCACCACUUUUGUUUCACUGCUUGUGUCUGCAGUGUGUUGGCUAAGCCAUGAUAGGCAUUUGUGAUUCUUCAACUAGUGAUAUGGCACCCAGCUAAAAUGUAGAAUUUUAAAUAAAAACUUGAAAGAGCUAGUAUUUCAUGUGUCCUGGGGUAUGGGGCUGAAAUAGUAUAAAGUUAGUCAUGCUUCAUAUUAAGGUUUAUUUAGAAUUUUAUGAAGGGUUAAUAAAUGAUGUCUAUAAGUUGUAAUUCAUGUUAGAGAAAUGUGUUGUAAGCAAAUUUUAGGGAAGAUUAUAAGCACACCAGUAGAAGAUACUACAGAUAGCUAGAAGCUAUCUAUUGGAUUGAGAGAUGAGAAGUAAACACCUAUUUAUUAAGCCAGCUAUUAAUUGUUUGUUAACCUUUUGUAAACUGAACCUUAAUGUAAUUGUUUGAUUUGAUAUAAUGAUCGAUUGUACAUUUUUGCUUAUGUCCUGAAGUAAUUUUCUUAAAGGAAAUUAUCUGUGAGCUUUGCAGUGUUUUGUUUGAACACCAUACUUGCUUUUCACUAAUGUUCUUUCACUUUUCCUUAGAUCACAGCUUUAAUCUGUGGGAUUAAGAAUCCAUGAGAGAACUACAGCUAUGUAUUUUGUUUCUUGUAACUUAGUUAACUGAUGAUGAAGUCUGGAUGUUUGGUAUGAGGUUAUGCAGGUUGCUUUUUUCUCUGUGGUGGUGUUACAAGGAGCAGGAAACUGAUGCUAACCUCACAGAGGAGCUGGUUAAUGGUUUCAUUGUCCUCUCUUCCUUUUGCUGUCUGACACAUAACAAAGUAAAGCUCCCGUGUCUCUAAUGGUGAGAGCACCACUUCUUUGUGUGGAAUACUCUACUUGGACACCAGCUACACUUCCAGGACAAAACACUGCAUCAGUUACUUAGAGUAUUUAUUGCGUUUUGCAGAUUCUGUAGAGUAAAGGGCUUUUUAGAUGCUGGUGGUGCAGAACAAUAUCUUUCUAGGAUGGUGUCAUGGAAAGCAGGGAAGGUAACACUGGUCAGCAGGUUAGGGUGGAACUCUUGAUGUCAGAAAAUGAGUGUUUUCUUUCAACUCCCUGGCCUCUAUUAGUGAUUUUGCAUGAACACUGUGAAAUAUGUGGACUUUUUCACAGAUGGUAAAGAGGGAAAUACCAAUUCAUAGAGAAGGGAGUAUGACUUACAGUGUUCUUUCACUGUAUAGUGCCUGUCUUCUCCCUCACACACAGGUUCUGGGAAGAGAACGUGUUGCCGUUUUUCAUUGACCAGUAACACUGUGUUCUGUGUCCUUUAUUUUGUGUAAGUGAUUGGAAGCUGAGUGGUUGAUGUCUUAAGGAGGUUCUAGGGAAAAAAAAAAUCAGAUGCUUUUCAUAGUGUAUUCAGAAGAUAAGCCUCCUCUUAGUGGUAGAGUAUAUUCUUCUAUAACUAAAGAUUAGGCUAAGAUGAUGAAACACUUUUAUUUUCUCUGUGGUAAGCAAUUUUUUUUUUGACAAGUCUAGAACAGCUGCUUUGGAUAGAUUGUGUUUGAAGCAUUGUCCAUGCUUCUGAAGAAGUCUUCCUCAUUCUUAACUUGAGAUCCUCACAAAGUGCCCAGAUAUUUUUUUGUUCCUAGCUAAUUGUUGUGACAGCCUAAAUGUAUCUUCCAUCAAUAUUUUUCCAUCAACUCAUCCACCAUCAUCUCAUGAUCUGAUGUUGUGUAUCCCAGAAAGGGUACUCCUGACCUUUUUCUAUGGGAUCCAAAUCAUACUUUACAGUGUGUAAGACUAUGAUACCAACCUGGAAAUGUAAUCAGAUUUAGGAUAUUAAUUAUCACUGUGUUCACAGUUUCAGGUGAAGUCAGAAGUAGCCUGAGUUGCAUUGGUACUGGAAUUGGUGACCAGUCUCACAUUUAUAAAAGCUGCUAUCUCUUUAUUCCUUUGCUGCAGUCCUUAGUAAAAAUUCUGGAGAAUCUACUUUGGUGGCUCACUUGGGGCCCAGUUUUAUUAUAUGCUGGUCUUGGUAAUGAAACUGGCCUAAAAAGCCCUGUCCAUCAUGAGUUGUUCAUUUUUCUCCAGCAGAUGUGUCAACAUGGGGUUUUGUGGCCAUGUUAUAAACCAGUUCACGAGUCUAGCAGGUGAAAAAUUCACCCCUUUUAGGCUUUUUUGCUUGUCACCAUUCUCAUUGCAGCAAUGCAGUAACAGCAGUUACCUCAAAACAGCUGUGUCAGCAUGUACUGUGUUGCUGGCCUGAGGCUCAGGAGAGCCCACAUUUACAUUAUUGGCAAAGAUGGUGUAGUGUGAAAUUACAGCCUUGACAUUAGACACAGCUGUGAUCAAACAAUGACCUUUUUGGAGGAAGUCCUGAUCCUACUUUGAACAAAUAGAUUUUCUACAAGCAAUUUAACUGAUUUCCAUGGUCUUACUUAAUGCAGUCUUAGAAGAUGCCCAUAUGAACACCUGGACUCACUUGUUUUCUCUGCCUCUCAUCACCUCUGUAUAAAACAGCCAUCAGGUCAUUUAUUUUGAUCUAUUUAAUAUUCUCCUUGAAGAAAAAUAUUGCUAACAGUGUACAGCACACAAAGCCUGACUUCUCUCGAGUUGAUAACCAGGUUCCAUCUAUGUAUGUCAUACACUCUGUUAUGAUCCAGAUUUCCUCAUAAUUAUGUCAUUUGAAAUGACUGUAUAUACAUGCUGUAGGUUCCUUCAUGAACCUGAAAGAUUUCUUGGCAUAAUUUAUUGCUGCCUUUAAAAUAAUGUUUGUGAACACACUGAAGUGUGCAUUAGCUGUAAUGAGUUGUCUUAAUAUAUUGAGCAUGUCAAGGUCUGAGUGCAGUUCUGUGUUCUUUGGCUCCUUACCCAAGAUAGGGAUUUUUGUGAAAACAGAACAUUUGCUUCUUAGAGCUUUGCAACUUUUUGAAACAUUUAGCAGGAAGUCCACAAUAAAUUAUGGGUUAUGACAAAGAAUAUCAGCAGCCAAAAUCCUUUCUGAAGAGCAGAGCUAACAAUAAAUGCAUUUUCCCUAUCCCAUUUCUAAUUAGUAGUCCUGUGAAGUAAAGAAACAAGUUAUAUAGGGUUACAUAAUUUCUUCUCCUUCUACCUGGAAAGCACUCUAAAGACAAUAUUUGCUUCUUGGAGUGGAUUACAAUUUAACACUACAUCUUUUUAUAUCACUUCACUUUACAGCUAAAGAUCUAGGUAAAGGCUUAAAUCUAGGCAAAGAUCUGUGAUAAGAAAGUAACUUGUCCCUUUUCUUAAGUGUAUGUCAUUAAAAUUAAAUUGUUGUGUCAUGGAAGCAAAUGUAGAGAGUUACAGAUCGUCUUUCAAAUGCAAUUAAAUGUACCUCUGUCAACUACAGGCAAGAUUUGCAAAUGUGAAAGCUUCUGCCAUCAGUCAUAGAAAUGAGACAGUUUUACUUCCAGCAGAGGAUUGCUGGACAUCACUGAAUCAUGUACUUAGAUUUCUAAAUGCAAGAUGGUAUCUGAUGGAGUAGCCAGUUUUACUGAGAUAACAGACUUUGUCCCAAGCACACCUGUCUCCAUGUGACUGUUUGUUGCAACAUUGGAAAUUUUAUGGUUUUUUUCAGAAGUGCUAAAUUUGCAACUUUCUCAUUAAUUUAUAUGCUGGACUGCAUGGAGUUGUUUGCCCACACUAAAUUCUGUAGUCUUGUAGGUUAUCCCUUUCUUCUUUUUUUCCUUUUUUUUUUUUUUUUUAACAAACAAGAGGACAAGUACACUAAACUGCCCUUGACCUUUAAACUACUUUGUGAAGGGUGGCUGUAGUUCUGCAAGUGGCUUGUUCCCAGAGCUAACUGCUUUUCAGAAUUAACAGAUUUCAUACUAUCUCAUCUGAGCAGAGUGAGAGAAUGGCACUUGGUCAGUGUAAAGGGCCAGGCUGCUCUGGGAUCUUGUCUGUGACAGGGACUAAACAGAUGCUGAGGGAAACUAUUGUGUCCCUACUAUUCUCCAAACUAUUCCUCAGAUAUUUGUGGCUCAGAGACUUCUUGACCCAGUGGUGGUGGAUGUCACCUUAACAGGUUCUGAUGGAAUCCUUCUCCAUAGAUUUGCUCAGGCUCAUGUUUGGUCAAUUUUUCCUAGAUCCAGUGCCAGUACAUCAUCAUUACUGUCUGGUACGCAUGAGAAGAUUUGUCAAUAAACUUCUUUGAUGUUCUACUUUCCUCAGUCAUUCUGCAGAGGUCCUGUUUUCUGCCUUUUGUUUGCUUUCCUUACAAAUCUCUCCAGUUUUGGAUGUAUAAUGACCAAAGUGUGGUGCAGUACUCCAUACUAACCUCAGCAGUGCAGAGUACAGAGUAAUAAUCACCUCCCAUGAAACACCAAACCUUUCAAAUGUAUUUGAGUCCAUAUAGACAGAAAAAUCCUUUUAGAUCUUUUUGCCCUAGCUAUUAGGAUGGCAAAUGAAAAUAUUUGGUCGGAUAGAGGAGAAAUAUUUAUUCACUGUCAGCGGGAUUUGGCUGGACAAUGUUUUUCUUUGCUAACAAAACAAAAAGUUGUUAAAACAAAAUGAUCUCCCAACAGCUGCCACCUGGUCUAACACAAACUAAAGAUGCCAAACAACACUUGUUUAAAUUUCAAUUUGACUUUGCAGAGCUUUUUUGGUCUCUGAUGCAAAAUAUAUUAUCACACAAGAAACAUGGCAUUGGAUAUAUGGAUAUCAGAGAUCAAACCAAAGGCCUCUCAACCAAAGGCUAAUAUUUAAAAUGCUUGGUGGUGUGCUUUAUUCAUUUUCUCAUUAUAUUUAAUUCUCUCCUGUAUAUGUGUUUAUUUUGCCACCUGGAAUUUUAAAUGCUAAAAAAUACAUCCAAUUUAUUCAACUUGGAAAUUUGUGCAGAAAUCAGAUAAGAGGUAAUGGUAGUGCGUGGUAAGACACAGUCAUAGCAAGGGGUAAAAUCUACCUCCCAUGAACUGCCCUUUGUAGAUGGAUAAAGCAAUGUUGCUGGAGCUACAGCUGGAUAUGACACUGUUCUUGAUGUGCUGCCUUCCCUUUCACACUGCUGUGGCUCAGAUUAUUGGCAGCUUAUCAGAACAGAACUUGGCUCAGCAGGGUGAGUGCACUGUUAGCCCAUGUUACACUGUCUGUAUCGAACACAGGAUUCUGAAAAAGCCCCUGCAAUUAAUAAACAAGGAAAAAGUUUCUCUGUUACAAAGUGGCUUAUUGUAAAAGGGUUGAAUGGGACCAAAACUUGACUACUUUCAUGUGAUCAGCAUAUCUUGACCCUUGUACCUUCUCAGCUUUAAAUCUUAAAGGCCUCCUGGACAGUUUGCUUUAGAGGAUGCAGUUCUAUGACAGCUUAAAUCACUUCAUGUUCAUGAAAUCCAGUCCCUCUUCUAGGCUGGCUUUUGUGAGCACUCAGUGAUCUAGGAUAUGGAUAGGACUGGAAGUGCAUCAGUGCUUUAACUUGCAGCUGGCUUCCUCAAUCCUAAUGAGGAUGAUGCCACUCAUUACUUUCCUCACUCAUUUUGAUUUCUUUUGUUCUUGAGGCCUAGGCUGCCCCAAGACCAUUUGUGUCUUACUCCCCAAAGUUUUUAGGAACUGUUUAUGAUACUGCCAGUAAAACUGAAAUUAUUGUGCAUGUUUUUUUCUACCUACUAAUUUCAUCCUUCUGGACCCUCUGACAUCCAUGGUCCUCUCCCUUUACCACCACUUUUAAGAGGUUCAGAUUUUAAAAUAACACACAAAUUCUUUUUAUGUGUAUUUGUAACAGAAAUAACUAGACCUAGAGUUGUGUACUGACUUUCUCACUUGAGAACUGAAACAGAAGGCAGGCACCAUAAAUGGGGAAUGUACAGUCAAAACAGAAAUAAUAAUGUAUAACAGCUCAAAUUUAUACCACACUCCUGGUGUAUAUUGACUCUUAUAGGUAAUUCUGGCUUACUGAAAAACAUUUUACAGUUGCAUUUUAAAAAUAACUGCAACUCUAUUACAAGGUCCCAAAAUAAGUGUCAUUAGUUGGCUUGAUUUGUGCUCAAAUCUUAAUAUUUAAAGAUUGCUUCCUGACCUUCUCCAGCUGCGUGGAUGAGAACUGAAAAUAAUCUCAGAUU